CGUUUUUAACGGGGUAGUGGGACAAACAACUACAAGGUAUAUAAGUCACCUAGGGAGAGAUUUGCAGCUUAAGUUGACUGAAACUUCUCUCAAUCUUCAAAGGGGUCUGCCAAGGCGCCUCUUGCCCAAAAAACUUUAACCAUGAACAGAAUAGUGCUGAUAUUUCUCGGAGUUACCGGCUGGUGUCACGGGUCAGGGUGGGACCUCGGAGGUCACGGUGGUCUGAGCCUAGGGGAAAUAUCCGUCGGAGGUCACGGGCACGAUCAAUUGCCAGCCAUAUCCCUCGACGCUUCCAGCGUUGCGGGUCACGCCGGGUGGUCGGAUUUCGGAGCAGGACACGGGGGAUUAUCGUUGGGAGGAAGCGCAGGUCACGGAAUCGAGUUGACCGGUGUUUCCAUAGGACACGGCGGCGGAGGUUGGGAUUCAGGAUUCAGUUUGGGGGAUGGAGGUCACGGGGGUCACGGGGGUCACGGGGGCCACGGCGUGAACGUGAUUCCGGUGGUAAAAGAAGUUGGUUACCCGGUGGUCAAACCGGUUGAGGUAAAAAUACCCCAUCCCGUAAUACAAACUGUACCGCAACCCUAUCCGGUGGCUGUACCUGUGGCUCAGCCCGUACCGUACGAGGUGGUGAAAAAUGUUGUUACGAAGGUCGAAAAGAAGGUGCCAACACCCGUAGAAAAGAUUAUACCGGUCAAGAUUGAAAAACCCGUACCCUACAAGGUCUACAAGCACAUCCCAGUGCCGGUUAUUAAAAGAUACCCCAUUAGAAUACCCGUUUAUAAAACCAUCGUACACAGCAGCAAGGGUCAUCAUUGAAUUGACAGAUAAUGAUCGAUUGAUUAUGUAAAAUGAACUCCUCGACUACACGGAUUAUUAUUAACUGCGUGUGUAAAUCAACCGAAAUCACGCACUUUUCUGUUUCAUGAUGUAUGUUUAAAGUUAAUUAGGUAUAAUAUUUUUAAGCUGUAUAUUUAUUGUUCUGUUUGAAACUGUAUACAUUAAAUAUAUUUUCACGUUACAAAGUU